AUGAGGACAGUGCAUGAACUUGGUAGACGACAUGCACCAGCUAGUGCCAACAAUACGGGUGCAAUUGUAGAGCAAUUUCGUCGCUUCAAACCUCCUUCUUUUGAUGGAAAAGCUGAUCCUUUGGUAGCCGAGAAGUGGCUAAGAGGAUUAGAGUGGAUUUUCAAACACAUGGAAUGUAUUGAUACACAAAAGAUAUCAUGCACUGAAUUUAUGCUGAUUGAUGCAGCAGGCCACUGGUGGAAGUUUGCUUUACGCACUAAAACAGAAGCAGAACAACAUGCCAUGACUUGGGUACAGUUCAAAGAGGAAGUAAUGAAAAAAUACUUUUCCCAGUCCCUAAAGGAUCGAAGAGAGGCAGAAUUUCUACAAUUGAAGCAGGGAAAAAUGCCGCUUGAAGAUUAUGAAAGAAAGUUUGAACAGCUUUUUAGGUACGCCCUACACCUCGUGGACACUGAAGCAAAGAAGGCCAGGAGGUUUUAUCUAGGAUUACGUCCAGAGGUUGGAGGAAUCAUGACAUCUCACCAUACCACAACCUACCGUGAAGUACUACAACGAGCUCAGUCAAUUUCUGAUCGAUUGGAAAUGGAUAGGAUGAUCGAGAAAAGUGAUGAAUCUUUUGGAAAACGAAAGUGGAAUGGGUCGAGCAUAAGGAAAGGAUUGGGACAAAACAAGAAAGCCAACACAGAAUUAGGAUCAAGCAAACCAAAUAAGGUUAUUCAUCCAUGUCCUAAAUGCAACAAGGGCCACAGGGGAGAAUGUUGGUUUAAAAAGAAUGUGUGCUAUCGAUGUGGCCAAGAAAGGCAUUUUGCUCCAGAUUGCAAGGCAUAUCCACCUAAGAAAGACUACGAGCAGACUAAGAAAGGAAAAGCUAGGGUCUUUGCUUUGACCCAGGAAGAGGCAACAAAGGAUCCGAAUGUAAUGACAGAUAGACAAGUUGAGUUUACAAUUGAUCUCGUGUCUGGAGCAGCGCCAGUAUCUAAAGCUCCUUAUAGAAUGGCACAAAAGGAGCUACAAGAAUUGAAAAUACAGCUACAAAAAUUGUUGGAUAAAAGCUUCAUCCGACGAAGUGUAUCUCCUUGA